AUGCAGGCCAAUCUUUUCACAUCAGCGAUGAGGCUAGUGCUACUGCUGCUUCUUCUGACUGUCUGUAGUUUCAACACCGAGCUUGCCGAUAGAAGUGGUUCCUGUCGCAACCACGAUGGCAAUCCGAUUUGUUGCACUGGACGUGCUAAUUGCAGAGGUGUCUUGCGUGUCACUCACGUCUCGUAUAGUUACACUCCCCGAGGCUACAGAUUAGCCGAUUCCAGACGAUUCCUUCAGCACGCAGCAAGGUGUUUUUGUGACGAGUACUGUCUACGAACUAACGACUGUUGCUGGGACUAUAGAGACGUCUGCGCAAAGCCCAAAAUCAACUGUGGGGUGAGCGCAUGGAGCCGUUGGUCACCUUGCAACCGUCUUUGCGGAAAGGGUAACCAGACUCGAACCCGAAGCAUUACAAGAGAGGCGGCCAAUGGCGGCGAUCAAUGUCCACUGCUCAUGGAAUCACGCACAUGCAGUGGAUUCACCUGCAAUCGUAGACGUGUUGGAAGGUCUGAAUACAACUCUUAUCGUCAUAUGGAACUGCCUUCAGAGGUUGCAAAUCUACUGCCGGUAGAUGGGGAUAUAGAGGAAACGAUAAAGCAGUUCGACAUGCGUUGGGACAUUCGUCGGAAACUCUACUACGGGCGUUUGAUACAACAAAAUAAAACCGAUAUACCGGACCCCGAACCAUACAGUGCCUACUACGAAAUAAUCAAAUCCAAUGAUGCCUGCAAAGCGGGAGGAGCACCACCACGAAGACAGGAGGGUAGGUCUCAGAAUCCGUGGGGCAGUUCAUUCGAGCGCAUUUACGACCUGGAUCAUCCCUGGCUGUCGACAGCUCUGCUGCGCCCUGGCCAACAGAUUUGUGCUACCUGCUACCCCAAGUACAUGCGCCCCGAGCUGGGUAACCGCUGUCCUGGCACCGGUUACCCCGGCUUGACCUCGCGUUGGCGGGCUCUCAAUACUUUCGACUGUCAAGGCACCUUCCGCAUGAUCAGUGUGCCUCAGCGCGCUAGUACGUGUCGGCAGCAACCCACAGCAUUCAUUCUCACUUGA